AUGCGGCCUGGUUUACUUGCCAAAAAUCCAGAGAUCAGCGUGAUAAAUUUUGAUAGAUCUCAAGCUAUCUUUUCAAAAUUAGUAAAAGCACCUUUUUGGGCAUACAUCCUGGGUGCAUUAGGACUUUUUAUCUACCAGUCUCUGGAUGCCAUUGAUGGGAAGCAAGCCAGAAGAACAAACAGUAGUUCUCCUCUAGGAGAACUCUUUGAUCAUGGUUGCGACUCUAUUUCCACAGUUUUUGUUGUCCUUGGAUCCUGCAUAGCAAUCCGACUAGGAACAAAUCCUGACUGGUUGUUUUUCUGUUGUUUUGUGGGACUGUUCAUGUUCUAUUCUGCUCACUGGCAGACAUAUGUAUCAGGCAUACUAAGGUUUGGAAAAGUUGAUGUAACUGAAGUUCAGAUAGCCAUAACAAUGCUGCUCUUGGUAUCUGCAUAUGGUGGCCCAGCAAUAUGGGACCAUAAGGUCCCUUUGGUGGACUUAGAACUGAAGUUCAUUGCAGUUUUUGGCAUACUGUGUGGAACAGCACUUUCUUCUUUCAAUUACUUCCGUGUCAUCUUUGGCGGAGGGGUUGGAAAAAAUGGAUCUACAAUAGCAGUGGCUCACAUGACAAAAAGUGAAAUCUGUCUUCAGGACACUGCAUUUAUUGGGCCAGGACUUCUGUUUUUGGACCAGUACUUCAACAGUUUUGUUGAUGAAUAUAUUGUUCUAUGGAUAGCAUUGUUCAUAUCGUUGUUUGAUAUGCUGAGAUAUGCCACUGGUGUAUGCCUACAGAUUGCUGCUCAUCUUCAUAUACAUGUCUUCAGAAUUUCAUCUCAUCAAGCUUCUGAACAGGUUCAAAACCAUAAUGAGUGAUUAAAUAGGUCAAGAACAAGAGGAGAAGCAGUUAGGGGAAUGCUGAAUGAAGCAGCCUCUCUUUUUUGGGAAGACAGAUUAAGUUUUUCAAGAAAAUAGUUUUAUGAGAAAGCUUACUCUAUCCCAGAUAUUACCAGAUG